AUGACCAAGUGCAUGAAGAACUUGAUUAUAUUGCUAAUUAGCUCUCUGAUUCUGACUUGGAACCCAAUCCACUCUUCAUCAUCAUCUGCCCAUGCGAAUGCAAUACUAUCAUCCCAAUCCCAAUCCCAAUCCCAGAAUAACAAUCAUAAUGCCGGGCUGAUCGAGUCUACGUGCAAGAGCUCCGACAGCUACUCGCUCUGCGUCUCCACUCUGGAGGCCGACGGCAGGAGCGCCAACGCCUCCGACGCCAGGCAGCUGGCCCAGAUUCUGGUGGACGCCGUCAGAGCCAAGGCGGAGCAGGCCCUCUACAGCCUCCGGCAGCAGCCGUCGGUGCAGCAGUGCUCGGCAGCCUACAGGAGCAUCCUGGACGAAGAUGUGCCCAAGGCCCAGCAGGGCCUGCAGACUGGGAACCCGCAAUUGGCCGGUGAGGGGAUGGCCGACGCGGCCGCAGCUGCUGCGGCCUGUCAGCACUCGCUCGUCUCGGCCUCAGGCAAUAAGCAGUCGGUGCUGAGCGUGGUGAGCCAGGUGGUGCGUGCCGUCGCCCAGAUCGCCAGGUCCAUCAUCACCAGCGUCCUCUAG